AUGGGCGCCGCGACGGGCCGGGCCGGGAAGGCGGGCGAGGAGGCGGCCGGCGCCGGUGAAAGGCUCCCCGGGACGCCCCCUCCGGACUGGGCGCGCCUGCCCAACGAAGUGCUGGCGCUGAUCCUGAGCUGGCUGCCGCCCGAGACGCUGGCCACGCGCUGCCGGCUGGUCUGCCGCCGCUGGACGGAGCUGCUGGACGGCCCCGCCGUGUGGAAGCUCCGGUGGCGGAGGGAGCCCGCAAUGCGCGCCGCCCUCCAGGCCGCCGCCCGCUGUCCCCGCCUGCGGUGGAGCCGCCUGGGCGUCCUGCGCCCGCUGGGCAGGAACCUGGUCCGAAACCCCUGCGGGAGAGAAAAGCCUGGCUCUCUGCCUGCAGACCAGUUCCGACAUUGGACCGUCCAGUGCGAGUUUCCGUGCCGGUGGAAGGUGGAAGAGAACAGGGCCCGGUUGGAAGGCGCCGAGGCCCAGACCUGCUUUGCCUCCUCCUUUCAGUGGUGUCAGAAGGAGCAGGUGAUCGAUUUGCUGAAGGAGGGUUUCUGGCAGGAUCUGCUGGACACUUACCAGCCUGAUAUUGUGGUCUCUGACUGGUGGGGUGGCCGUCAGGACUGCGGCUGUAAAUACGAGCUCUAUGUUGUCCUCUUGGCAGCUAAUAAAAAAAGGAAGAUUGAUGUUUUUGAAGCCAAACCAGAUCCCAUCCCUCAGUGGAAUGACGCCUCCUACCAAAAGGUAACCCACACAUUCAGAAGAUACGGCACCGGAGUCCGCUACAUACUUUUUAGACACAGAGGGAAAGACACACAGUUCUGGAAAGGACACUAUGGGGCCCGGGUAUCAAACUCUUCUGUCGUCAUCCAGUUUUCCUCGGAAUCUGCAGAAUCCCUGGAGCCUGGGCUCUCUUCUGCCCAGUCUUCCCAGCAUUCCAGCCCCGUUUUGCCUCCAAAAUCGUAUUUCUGAACGGGUGAAAAACGAGUAAGAGGAAUCCCAGGGGUAUUCUGUCUAUAACUUUAAAAUACAGGUAGUCCUUGACUUACAAGUGUUUAGUGACCGAACUUACAACGGCACUGAAAAAGAUGAUUUAGGACCAAUUUUCAUCCUUAUGACCAUUCCAGGAUCCCCAUGGUCAGCUGAUCAAAAUUCAGAUGCUCAGCAAUUGGUUCGUAUUUGUGACAGUUGUACUGUCCCGGGAUCAAGUGUUCAUCUUUUGUGACUUUCUGACCAACAAAGCCGGAUUCACUCAACAAUGGUGUUACUGAUUUAAAAACUGGAGUGAUUCACUUAAUGUUGCAAGGAAAGUCGUAAAAUGGGGCAAAACUCACUUAACACGUUUUUCACUUAGCAGCAAAGUUUUGGCUGAACUGUAGUCAUAAGGGGAGGACUACCUUUAAGCCACAGGUGUCAAACCUGAUCGCAUCACGUGACAUCGUGACAUUUUUUGCCUUUGGGGAGCUGGGGUGGGCGUGGCCUGUGCGUGAUGCCUCUGGCCUGUAGACCAUCAGUUUGACACCCUGGAAAGUUGUCAACCAUUCUGUCAUUAAUACAAUAUACUUUAUAUAUUGUGCUGGUUGAAGAAUUCUGGGAGUUGUUUUUUUUUUAUUUAUUUACAUUUAUAUCCCGCCCUUCUCCGAAGACUCAGGGCGGCUUACAGUGUAUAAGGCAAUAGUCUCAUUCUAUUUGUAUAUUUUUACAAAGUCAACUUAUUGCCCCCCCAACAAUCUGGGUCCUCAUUUUACCUACCUUAUAAAGGAUGGAAGGCUGAGUCAACCUCGGGCCGGGCUUGAACCUGCAGUAAUUGCAGGCUGCUGUGUUCUAAUAACAGGCUUCUAACAGCCUGAGCUAUUACGGCCCUUAGUUGAAGUCCACAUGUCUUCAAGUUGCCAAGGUUGGAGACCCUGGUUCUACUUCCUCUCAGUGGGGGUUGUCCAUACUUAUCAAAGCAAAAGAUACUACAACGUCUUUUUGUUUCAAGCAGGGGGGAAAUGUGCCCCUUCCUCCCUCCCUUCAUCCCAUCCAGGAUUAAUUGUAUCCUUGAGAAAAAUGUUAUUCUGAAAAAGGUACCAAAUAUACUUGCGAAUAUGCCUGAA